AAUGUUGUAUUAGGCGAUAUGCGAAGUGUCGGUUGUAACGUGACAGGGCCUCUCCCUAUGCCCCUUUCCUGCUAUGUGACGUUGGCAAAAGGCGGCUGCGCAUGUAUAUGGGCGGGGACACGCGGUGCAUGUAUAAGCAAAUGAGCGCUACCAAUGAACGCCGUUCUGCCUCGUAUCAUGUUGGUGUAGACAAAGGGAAGAUGGACCAGGCGGGGCGCAGGGCACGGGGCACAGAAUGCUGGGCGCUGGGCCUGAGGGCAAGGCAGAGGGCAACAAAUGGUGACCCCGACGUGAUUCGGCUCACCUCGAGCCUUAUAGCUACGCCCGCUGACUGCGUGACGGACGCAGGAGCCCGCCGCGGUUAGGUGGUGGAGGAGCCGGAGGGGCUGACCCUCUGGGGCUACGCAGCGCUGCAAAUUAUCCCACGGCCGCAGUCGCGUGUGCGUGGAAGGGCGGAGGGAUGAUCCCGUCAUUAAGGAUCUGCUCCUCGGGAAGCCCAGGCGCCCUUCGUCUGAAAGAUCUGGCUUGGCUGCUGCACCUUGCGUCCCCAGUUGCUUCAGGGGAAUGAUGCUUGGCAAUUCGGGGCUGGAGUCCUCUCGCUCUGGGGGUCUAACAAGGGGUGAAGAGUCCGACAAACAGUUGUUGCUGCCAACGAGAAGUAAUAUUGGAAUCUUGGGGUUGUGUCUCUGUAUUAUUUUAUUGGACAUAAUCGGUGGGAUAGAAGGGGCUCACCAUAUCCCACAGCCACUUGAUGUAUGGGUAGAGUGGGCCAACAGAACGGGGCAGAAGGAUUUCUGCCUCAGUCUGCAAACGACGAGCUCUCCUUUUCGCACCUGCCUAAUAGGGUAUCCCGAUAUCAGACAUCCUCAAUGGGAGGAAUACGGGGGAAAUAAUGCGUGUUUUAAAAGGGUCAACAAGACAUUUAUGAGCGUAAUCAGACAAGAGGUUAAAGACCGGGCGGAAAUAACCCAGUGUCUGCUUAAGACCCUCAAUGUAUCCCUUACUUGGGAUCCCCCUGAAUUAGACAUACUGGGGUCCCAAGAGGUGGGGAAUGAGACAUGGACCUCGGCUAACAAUUAGAUGUUCCCAGCCGCCUGCAUAUCAUUUGGGCAUUGGCAUAUACCGGGUGUACGAAGAGAUGCCCUGCGGUACAUUUUGGGCCCAAACAACCCUUAUUGGGAUAUUAAGCGCAACGUGACCAAACGAUUUGUGCUGGUCAACCCAUACAACCCCGCUUACAAGCAAUGGGGGAGCUACUGUGGGUUUUCUGCCCCAAUGAAGUAUAAUGACAAGGGUAACUACCAACAAUUGCAGCUACGGGUCAGCGAUCUGGUUUGCUAAUGGAACUUCUCAUAACUUCACGCUUCCAAAUGGCAAAAAUAGGACCUCACCCCCCUGCGUACGCUCGAGGGACGGCUGUUGUUUCGGCUCGAUGCCACUUGAUCCUCCGGUACUCUGGAAUAAUGACACCGCCAAGGCGUUACCCCCGGGCCUAUUCCUUAUUUGUGGGGACCGUGCUUGGCAGGGCAUCCCCCAGAAUGCUUUAGGGGGCCCAUGCUAUAUAGGGAGACUUUCGGUACUGACCAUUAAUCGUACAACACUGGCCAGUAUAAGUAAUAAUGGCUCCAAAACCGUGCGAAGAAGGCGGUCACUGCAGACGUUAGGCCCCGAGUGCGGGGAUGAAGUGAGAUUCUGGGGGCUUAUGGCGCGCAUCUUUGCGUCCGUACUUCCGUUUUUUGGGACGACGCAUGCGCUCAAGGAGAUCGAGCGGUUGGCGUGCUGGGCAGUGAAGCAAGCCAAUGAAACAUCAGACCUUUUGGCAGAACUCACAACAGAUGUCGACGGAAUGAGGCAGGCGGUUGUCCAAAAUAGGGCUGCCAUAAAUUUUUUGCUUUUGGCCCAGGGUCACGGAUGUCAAGACUUUAAAGGAAUGUGCUGUUUCAAUUUGAGUGACCAUUCAGAGUCUAUACAUAAGAGAUUACAAUGGCUGAAGGCACACACCGGGAGGAUAAUGAUACAGAACGAUCCAUUGUCGGACUGGCUGCGCAACCUUUUUGGCAAUUGGGGCUCAUGGCUAAUCCCUGUGGCCGAAGGAUUUUUCUUGGCGCUGAUUGCAGUUUUGAUUCUGCUUAUGAUUAUCCCAUGCUUUAUACGAUGCGUUAGCAGCUGCCUUGAAAAGAUACUCGAUGCCUUUAGGCAGCGUAUGGAAUAUCAUAGGAUUCGUGAGGCAUUAUAGAAUGAUAUUUUUAGUUAGCUUGCCGUCACGCUGUAAGGGGGCAAGGCUUUUUGGGCAUGGGGAGGGGGAGAUGUUGUAUUAGGCGAUAUGCGAAGUGUCGGUUGCAACGUGACAGGGCCCCUCCCUAUGCCCCCUUCCUGCUAUGUGACGUUGGCAAAAGGCGGCUGCGCAUGCAUAUGGGCGGGGACACGCGGUGUAUGUGUAAGCAAAUGAGCGCUACCAAUGAACGCCGUUCUGCCUCACAUUGUAUUGGUGUGGACAAAGGGAGGAUGGACCAGGCGCGGCGCGGGGCACAGAAUGCUGGGCGCUGGGCCUGAGGGCAAGGCAGAGGGCAACACCCUACCAUUAGUAAAAUACAAGUGUUAGAAAAGAGACUUAAAAUAUUAAUAAAUACUUCCAGAGACAGA